AACAGUUUUGUUUGUCUCGCGAUCUCAGCAGCAUCCUAGACAAUAUUACAAUUCUAAUUAUUACGUGAAAAAUAUAAAUAUCAAGUGAUAGCCAUGAGCAAGCAAGAAAUAACACAAAAGCCAGUACUAUAUUCAUACUGGCGGAGCUCAUGCUCAUGGCGUGUGAGAAUUGCUCUCAAUUUGAAAGAGAUUCCAUAUGACAUCAAAGCUGUUAGCCUUAUAAAAGGGGGUGGGGAACAACACUGCAAUGAAUACAGGGAAGUCAAUCCAAUGGAGCAAGUACCAUCAUUAUCUAUUGAUGGGCAUACAAUAAUAGAAUCUUUGAGUAUAAUGCAUUAUCUAGAAGAAACUCGGCCACAAAGGCCACUAAUGCCACAAGAUUGUUACAAGAGAGCCAAAGUAAGAGAAAUAUGUGAGGUUAUUUCAUCAGGUAUACAACCCCUUCAAAAUCUAAUAGUUCUGAUACAUGUGGGAGAAGAGAAGAAGAAGGAGUGGGCGCAGCAUUGGAUCAUGCGAGGAUUUAGAGCUGUGGAGAAAUUGCUGUCUUCAUCAGCGGGGAAGUAUUGUGUGGGAGAUGAAAUCACCUUGGCUGACUGCUGUCUUGUGCCACAAGUGUUUAAUGCAAGGAGAUUCCACGUUGACUUACGUCCUUUUCCAAUAAUUCUGCGCAUUGAUAGAGAACUAGAGAAUCAUCCGGCGUUCCGCGCUGCACACCCAUCCGCGCAACCAGACUGUCCGCCAGAGGUUGCUAAGUGAACGGAUCAACAUGAAUGAUACUCGAGUACAUUGAAGAUACAAACACCAUAUUGUCAAAGGAAACUGAAGUGUUGAGCCAAUUCUAUCUCAGAUAUAAUGACCGUAACAUGUCAAAAAAAAAACUUUACUCUAGUAAGUUUUUAUGAUUUUGUUUUUAAGUUUUUUACAUCUAAA